GAGUGAGAGGAGAUUAUUAUUUUGUUUGUCCCAGAGGUCAACUGAGAAAAAGAGCAUCGGUGAGAAGAGAUUCGAGAUUCGCUAAUCCUUGGAGUUGGAGGGGUGACCUGAGAUUCACGACACAAACACACAAUCAUCAUCAUGUGGAGAAGAAUCGUCUCCUCUGGUCUCAAAACCCUAGCUUCCGAUGUCGCCGCCGCUUCUCCUCGCCGAUCUAUAGCCACCACCGUGAGACCCGUUGGCUUCUACCGAUCAGCCAAUCCCGCUUCUUCUUCCCUUAUCCCUCGCCAUUUCAGCUCCGAAUCAGUUGAGACCGUUGUUGCGAAGAAGAAGGUGGAGGAUGUUAUGCCCAUCGCAACUGGUCAUGAAAAGGAGGAGCUUCAAGCUGAACUUGAGGGGAGGAGGCUGCUCGACAUUGACUUCCCUGAAGGUCCUUUUGGAACUAAGGAAUCUCCUGCUAUCGUGAAGUCUUACUAUGACAAGCGUAUUGUGGGAUGCCCUGGUGGUGAAGGCGAGGAUGAGCACGACGUUGUGUGGUUCUGGCUGGAGAAAGGAAAGUCUUUUGAAUGCCCGGUCUGCACUCAGUACUUUGAGCUGGAAGUGGUUGGUCCAGGUGGGCCUCCUGAUGGUCACGGUGAUGAAGACGAUGAGCACCACCACUGAUUCCGGCUUCUCCCUUGCGGCUGAGUUUUGCUUUUUGUUUUUAGUAUUUUUUGACUGGAAUAAAAAACAUAUUGCUGCUGGUGAAACACAGUUGAAAUUGUUUUUGAUCCCUUGGGAACAGCACUUCGUUAUCGGAAAUGCCAAAACUCUCACCACCGUUGUUUUACUUUUGUAAGAAUUCUUGAAUCAGAAUCAUUCUUGCCUUUUGCAUAUUA